CCUCUCAGUCGCCGUAGACAUAGCCACGCGCAUGCGCUUUUCCUUUUCUGUUGGAGCAGCAAUGGCGUCCGCAUUCGCGGUGUGCAGGUUAUUAAUGAGUGGAAAGGGCAGCCUGGUGAAGUGCCUACAGAAGGUUGAUACAUUUCUUCACAGAAAUAUUGGAACAAACGUUAUUGCUGCUCAAGGUGCAGCACUUCGGAAAGACGAAACUGAUGAAAAGGAUGGACGCAAAUCGUUGUAUGCUGUCCAGGCGGAGAGACAAGAACAGGCAGAGAGAUCUGUUCUCAUCAGCUGCCACUCCAAAACCAAUGAGAAAAAGUUCCUUAAGUAUUUAUCAAGACAUGGAGAUAUCAAGAAAUACUUCUUUUAUGAAAGCUAUGGCAUGUAUGCUGUAGUGGAAUUUGCCAACCGGGAAAGUGUUGCCUCAUUACUUGAAGAGGCAGUCAUCCCCAGCGUUAACCAUGAAUCCAUGGUGCCUUUUAAAUCGAGACUGCUAUCACUGAAGAACCUCGGCUCAGCUGAUUCACUAAACCAGCAGUCAGGCCAACAGUGCCAACCACAAACCACCAUUCCCAUCAGCGAGCUCAUACAGAGACUGUCCAGAGAGGAAAGUAUAGACCAGCAGGUAACCUCCCUGACAGAAACCUAUCAGCUAACAGAGGAGAACAGCCGACUGCGUUUCCUCGUCUGCUCUCUGCUCAAGGACAUUGCUGCUGCUUAUUUCCCAGAAUGCACCAUUAAACCAUUUGGCUCAUCAGUGAACGGCUUUGGAAAGCUGGGCUGUGACCUGGACAUGUUUCUGGACCUGGAUGGCAUCAGUGGGAGAAAAGCAAAGAUGCCAAAAUCAGGUCUGUCCCUGGAGUACCAGAUGAAGAGGGCCAACUCAGAGCGGGCCGUCACCCAGAGCACCCUGUCCGUCAUCGCAGAGUGUGUGGAUCAGUUUGGACCUGGGUGUGUAGGGGUGCAGAAGAUUCUCAAUGCACGAUGCCCCCUGGUCCGUUUCGCCCACCAACCCUCUGGUUUUCAGUGUGACCUCACAGCCAACAACAGGGUGGCAAUGAAGAGCACAGAGCUGCUGUACCUGUACGGAGUGCUGGACCCGCGGGUGCGUUGCCUGGUGUUCACUGUGCGCUGUUGGGCCAGAGCCCACGGCAUCACCAGCAGCAUCCCCGGGGCCUGGAUCACCAACUUCUCCCUCACCGUCAUGGUGCUCUUCUUCCUGCAGAGGAGGAGCUCUCCCCUUAUCCCCACCCUGGACCACCUCAGGGACCUUGCAGGUCCCGCGGACAAGAGCGUGAUUGAGGGGAAUGACUGCACGUUUGUCAGCGACUUCAGCAAGAUCAAGCUCCAGCGCAACACAGAAACACUAGAGCAACUGCUGUGUGAAUUCUUUGAGUUCUACGCCACUUUUGCAUUCAGCAAGAUGUCCAUAAAUAUCAGAAAGGGCAAAGAGCAGAACAAGCCGGAGGUAGCCCCGCUGCACAUCCAGAACCCGUUCGAAACCUCUCUGAAUGUCAGCAAGAACGUCAAUGCCACACAGCUAGACCGCUUUGUGGCUUUGUGUCAGGAGAGCUCCUGGCUGCUCCAGCAGAGUGGAACCAACACACCCAGAUGUGGUAAUGAAGGCAACACUCUCACACCUUGGGGACUCGCUACCCUCCUCCUGCCCUCCCAGGUUGCAGGGAUCAAAAGUCGCAAGAAAAGGAGAAGGGAGCCGGCCAGUGAGAGGAUCAAGAGCUUGCUGGAAUCAUUGAAGAAUAACAAUCAGCAAAAGAAAAGCUAAGAGUCUUGGGAGAUCUCAGAAAUCAGCUCCAUCCUCUUACUAUUACUUUAACUCAUUCAUUGGUGGACACCUUCUGGUGUUAUUGUCUGAAGCCUCACUGAGGAGGUGAGGAGCAGCUUUUGCAGUGGAACUCAUCUGCUGGACUAUAGUUCCAAAUGUGGACACUGGAGGGAGUUACUGAGGCCUGUAUGUGCAUUUGUUUGGGACCUGGAAUAAGGGAGUGAUAACUGGGUACUUUACUGUAGACUUACCUACUUUGUUGUUAAUAAAGCCAGUACUGUGGAAACUGAUGCAAGUCCUGCCAGAUGCUCAUGCAGGAGCUAAUUCUAUAGAAUCACAGGUUCAUUUGAUUAAAAAUCUGUUGUACAUGGAUGUUAUAAUUUCCAGUAAUCACCAACAUCAUCUGCUUACACCUCAAACAAAAUCACUAUGGAUAUAUUUUUUUGUAUUAAUAUUACAAUACAGAUGGAAUAAUCAACCUUUUAUUGCAAACUGAAAACACUGGGAUUGGUUAUUAUGGUGCCCCAAAACCGACAAAAGGCAGUAAAAGGGUAUCAGACGUGUGAAAAAUAUAACUGAAUACAUCAGUAGGCCUACUAUUAGUUAAAAGGAGUGUAGAAAGACAUUCUAACUUUAAUACUUUAAUCUCCAAUUAGUUGGUAAAGAGAAAAGCUUUUAUUGUUUUUCUUUACCUACAAUAACUUGACAGAAUUAAUUAAAGCCUUAUUUAUUUCACUCUUCUGUUUAUCUCAGACUAGCUCAUUUUAUUUUUUAACUCCUGAUGUAUAACAUCAUACUAGAUACUAGCAAUUACUAGCAAUUAGAGGUCUUUGUGGCAAGUUACCUUACCUGAAAACACUGGCAGCUAAGCACACUGAGCACCAGCCCUCUUUAGCUACCCAGCUGAAGCUAACUUUCAUCAUAAAUCUACACUAGAGCAAGUGAAGUUGUAAUCAUCUAUAUUACAUACUGUUGUAGCGUCGCUCUACACUAAUCAGCCAUUCAUGGUCACUAUAAUCUCCAUAACAUCAUCUUCCAUUACCCACUGCGCUAGUUGCUAGAAUGCUUAAUUCAAGUUUGUGAUAACUGAGUCAGUUUAAGUCAGCCAACAACCAAGACGCGCAGUCAGCUAACACUAUCAAUUUCUAUGCUGCAUUAACAAUUAUGAAAAACUUCUCCGGGUACUCUUGGUGUAAUAAAAUUGUUUAAGUC